AUGGCUUCCAAAACAAGUCAGUCUUCAGUUACCCUUUUCCUAUCACUGAAUCUCCUCUCGUUUGCUCUUGUAAGUGGAACCAAUGAUACUGGAAAUUGCGGAGGACAACAAACGUGCUCAAUAGAUACUUUGAAACUUGGUGUGUGUGCUAAUAUACUUAAUUUGGUAAAUGUAGUAGUCGGGUCUCCACCAACUUUGCCAUGCUGCAGUUUGAUCCAAGGACUGACGGACCUAGAGGCCGCGGUUUGCUUGUGCACAGCCAUUAGAGCAAAUGUGCUGGGAAUUAAUUUGAAUGUAUCACUCUCUUUAAGCCUCAUACUAAACAGUUGUGGAAAGAAUCCUCCUACUGGCUUCACUUGUUAAACUACCCUCUACUUUGCCUCAUUAUGCUUAAUUGCAAAUGGGUUAAUAAAUAAAUAAAUCAUGUCUCGUCGUGCUUAUGAAAUUAUGCACGU